UGUCAAACUAUAAUGGAUGUUCGAAGGUCGUUCUCAUUUUUGAGUGAUAUUUUGCUGUAUUCAAGUAUUUCAUUAGCCCCGAACCAAAUAUUCAUAAAGUUCAGGCAUCGUGUUUGAUAUUUAUCAAUAAUAAACCAGUGAGCAGCGACAGCGGUCAAAAGCAACCCGUCUACUUGUGUCAUCUGGGUGAGUAAUCAGUUUGUACACGUGAAUCGCGCAGAAGUUGCAGAAAAUUCCAGCUGUAUCGCAGGUAGCGACUAUUGCAAUAUGGAAUCGUGGGACGACGAUACUUCGUGCCCUCAGACGUGCCUGCGCCAACAGUUGCUGUGGUCCCGAACAAAUGGGAAGGCGAGGAUGAAGAUGACGAAGUGAAGGAAAGUUGGGAGGAUGAAGAUGAAGAGAAAGAAGAAAAGAAAAAGGAAGAAAAUUCUAAAACUGAAACAGAAACUAAAAGACCUAAAAGAAAUCUUUA